UUAAAAAUGGUUGUUACAUAAAUUUCUGAUACAUACAUUUGGCAAUGUCAAAAUUAUAAUGUUGCUAUUUAAAUUACUCCGUGCAAUAAGAAGCUCAGCUGCUAUUUUAAGUGUAGUGUAAUUAACCAUAUUUAUCGUUAAAUGUUAAAUAUGUAAAGUGUAUUUAAUGAAGAUACAUAUAAAUUUAUAUCAAUAAUGUCUAUGGGCAGUCGCCUACCAGGUUGUUAUUGCAGACCUCCAGUAGUAGGUUUUGAAGUGGCAUUUCGAUAUCCAUCAAUUAAUAGCAAAAGAAUAACGAUUGGUAAAAAAAACAGACAUAGAAGCCCAGCCGACUUGUAUUACAAAGGAUUGGCUUCAUUAAAUAAGGAACACAGCUUAAAUAAUGGCAAUCAACGGUUAAAUCACUCACGAGAAGAUCAUACACAAAAUUCUAACUAUCAACGUAAACCUCACUCACCGAAAGAACCUCCACCUAACCUUACGAACCAAAAAGAACCUGACAAUUCUAUAUACUGUACCAUUCCUAUAAGACCAAGCAUAGUAACUAUAAGGAAUAAUAUGUCGUCUUCAGAACAAAAACAUAUCAAUACACGAAAUAAUGAAAAUUCUGAUUCUGGACAUAAAAUUGCAAGGUCAGAUGUUGAACCGCGUAGUGCAAAUGCCAACUAUAACUUCUUUGAAAAUAAAGACAAUUCUCAAGAAUAUGCAUCGUUGCGCAUGGCUCUUUCAAUAACAGUUCCAAAUUCUCAAAAUGAUUCUUCAUCUUUUGCAAGAGAGAGAUUAACGGGUAUAGUAUUUAAUCAAAAAUCAUCCAAAGAAAUAAGUACGGUACCUAGUGAUGACUCUAAAUAUAAAGAUAACACCAAAUGUAAAAGUAACUCUGAUAAUACAGAUAAUAGUCAUCAUAGUGAUGUUCAUAGUCAUCAAAGUGAUCAUAGCCACCAUAGUCAUCGCAGUCAUUGUAGUGAUCAUAGUCAUCGUAGUGAUAAUCAUAGUCAUCAAAGUGAUCAUAGUCAUCAAAGUGAUCAUAGUCACCAUAGUUAUCGCAGUCAUCAUAGUGAUCAUAGCAAACGUAAUACCAAUGAGGUUAGUUGUAGUCGAAAUGGUUGUGUUUGUCCUAAAGAAGAACAACGAAGGAAUUUUGGGAUGAGGGGUGAACAAACACCAGGUAGAAGUAGAAAACAAACAAAAUGUACACAUUCCAAGGACAGUUAUAGUCGAAGUAUAUCACGUAACAUUGAAAAUAGAAAGUACAGUGAUUUUAAUUAUGCACCAUGUAAUGGGGAAGUACGUACAGAAAACGAAGAAUCAAUAAAUAAAAAUGAAAAAAAGCAGAUGGGGCGCAACACUUCUGAAGUUGAAAAACAAAAAACUGAAAACACGAAAAAAGCUUCAAAUCAACAUAGAGAAAUAAAUGGUGACAAGUUUUUGGAAAUUGAUAGAACUCAACACGGUGUGCACAAAGAAAAUAGCGGAUCAAUAAAAGAUAAAUCCAGUAGUAAAAGUAUAACAACUGCAACUUACUUGGAUGUGAGUCAAGCGCAACCCUGUCUAAGUAGUCAACAAAGCAAGUCAUAUACCAGUGGUAGUAGUGGUAGUAGUAUAACAGCAAGAACCUAUUUGGAUAUUGACCCAGCUCCGCCGAAAAAAGAAAAAAAAGAAGAAAAAAGUCCAACUCACUUAAAUUUCUUUGAAAGAGAUUCUGAAGUUACAAUAAAGAGUCGUUCUCAAACUGAGUCAAUAUAUUUUUUCCCUGAAAAGGAACCAUGUCGAAAUAAAGCUGGAGCUGUGCCCAAUUCAGUCAGUAAAAGAAGCAAUGUCAACUGCAUUGAAAAAGAGAGAGAUCGAUAUAAUUCUGCUCAUUCAUCACAACCUAAACGGAAUUCAUCGCCUACUGGACGUCAGACAUGAGCUCAGAGAAAAGCAACUGCGUAACUGGAAAUAGUAUUUUGCAGAAAAGUGAUAAAAAACAGGGUUUACAAAAAGAUAAACUAG